AUCAAAAAGAAACCUCCUCCGGGUAAAGAAUCAAAAUCCAACACAAUGUACUCUUCAUAUUCUUUAUCCAAACGCCUAGUUUAUAUCCCUAUCUUGGCUAUACAACUCCUGCUCAUAAGCAGUGUCUCGUCACUGAACCUUACCAAUGACUAUCUUAACCACAAAUGCCUCGUCAGUCAAGGGAAAUAUAGGCCUGGAGAUAAGUACGAGGACAACCUCAACUUUCUCACCCGUGAAGUCUUAUCCUAUAAUUUUCCGGAUGGUUUCAUACACAUCUCUUAUGGCGAAGCACCCAGUUUCGUCGCCGUCAUAUUACAGUGCCGCGGCGAUUCCUACGACUCCAAGUGCCUCUCCUGCUAUGCCACCGCCCUUUCCGGGCUUCGUAGGAGAUGUCAGAGGAACAAAGGAAGAGUAAUAUGGUACGAUCAAUGUUUUCUCUUCAUUAAUUCGAUCAAAUCAUCCCCGAGGAAGAACGAUUACAGGAAUGCUUUCUCUAUGCACAACCCAAACAACGUGAUCGAUAACACCGAAUUGUUCAACAAGAAAACGAGGGAUUUCCUCUACGAGCUCAUGUUGGAAGCCACUACACCCAACAGGACAUCGAUGCUUUACGCAGCAGGGGAGAAGAAGCUAGGGACAAAGAAAUUGUAUGCAAUGGUGCAGUGUGCGCAAGACAUACUGCGAUGUAAGGGUUGUUUGGAAUGGAGUAUCAAUGAGCUUUCCAAGUGCUGCCACAGUAAACAAGGAGCAAGAGUUUUGGGAACAGAGUGUACUCUUAGCCAGAACAAUGCGUUUCUCUUCCACAAGUGCUCAGACAUUGAAGGAAGCUUCACUUCGAAAAGUCCCUACGAGUCAAAUCUCAACAAUCUCUUUCCUCAACUCUCUUACAAAGUUCCAUCCACCGGUUUUGCCACCUCCUCCGCUGGUAUCACUCCAGACAACGUCAACGGUUUGGCCCUUUGCCGCGGUGAUGCCUCUUCCUCUGAUUGCAGCUCCUGUCUUGCCACCGCCAUCCCUGAGAUACGUCAGAGGUGUCCGAGCAACAAGGCAGGUAUAAUAUGGUAUGACAACUGUCUUGUCAAGUAUUCCUCGACCAAUUUCUUCGGGAAGAUCGAUUUCGAGAGCAGGUUCUAUUUGUACAACGUCAAAAAUGUGAGUGAUCCAUCGACGUUCAACACGCAGACGAAAGCUCUUCUAACCAAGCUGACAAAGAAAGCGACUACUGGAGAUAACGAGAAGCUGUUUGCGACAGGAGAGAAGAAUAUCGGGAAGAAUAAAUUGUACGGACUAGUGCAGUGUACGAGGGACUUGAAGAGUGAGGCUUGUAAGGCAUGUUUAAAUGGAAGUAUUGGGGAGCUUCCUAACUGUUGUGACGGUAAAGAAGGAGGGAGAGUUGUGGGUGGGAGCUGUAACUUUAGGUAUGAGAUUUACCCUUUUGUUAACGCUGCUUGAUUAAAGUCAUUGUAAUAUGUAUAGAAAUGUAAUGUAUGGUACUGUUUGUAUAAUGUGUUGAACCAAUAAAAUAUAAUCUUCUCUUAAUGGGUUGUUUAGUACGACAGACAUUUAAGAGGCUUGUUUGCCUCCUAUAAAUAAAACAUUCCGUUUGCC